ACCUUUGCUGAGCACCCACUGAGGCCAGCCUAGGUGCCAUGUGCUGGCAGGAGCAUCCUGCCCUCAGAACGGCUGAUUCCACUGGAGCUUCGGAACUGUUAAGAGUCUGCCCAACCCCUGGGGAGGGUCUACUCUGAGCUGGACUUCCCUGGGCUCCUGAUUGUGCUUUUCCCCCCAGUAUUUUAUUAUGAAGAUUUUUAAACAUAGAAGCUGAAAGAAUUGCAUUGAACACCUAUAUACCCACAAUCGACUUUACAGUUACUAUUGUUAUGUUUGCUUGAUCACAUUUCCAUCCCUCUGUUCAACCAUUAGCACAUCUUAUUUUUUUUAACUGAAGUUUGGAGUCAGUUGGCACCCCCCACACCUCUAGGAGCCCAGUCAACUUACCCAUUGCAGGUUUGCACACAGGGCUGUCUUCUCUUCCUCAGAUGGGCUGUGGACACCAAGAGCUUGCCCACGGGAGCCCCAAGGCCUGGAGGCUGUCAGAGAUUUGAUGGCUGUCACCCUUGCACCUGUAACUUCCAUCCAGGGUCAGCCAGUCACCAAGGGCUCACACCUUACCCUACUGUGUACCAGGCCUCUCCCAGGUGUCAUCUCAUCAAUAAGAGUGUGGGUUUCAGAACCAGAUGACGGUUUGGGUCCAAACGCACCCAGUGUGCUGUGGGAGAGUCACCAUCUCUUUGGGCAAACUGACUCCUGUUCCAAGUUGGUGAGAAAUCACUGAGAUGCUGUUAGAUUUGUGACCUGCCAGAACCCCUGCCCUGGCCGCAUGGCCCUGGCCCUCCACAGCACAGCUGGACAUUCCCUCCACCCAUCAGGAACACCCCUGGGUGCUGAGCACGCCUCUCUGUCUGGUGCCCCUGACAGCCCUGAGAAACUUCCCUGAUCCCAGCCACCAGGUAGUCCACACAGACCUAACUUAACCGUUUAAGUCCUUGCUACUCAGCACUCAACACCUGGGAUGUGAGGUGGUUCAGGGAGCCAAUCAGAGACCAGGCUCUAGGGGGUGGAGGUGAGAGCCCCACACCUGGGCUCUAUCUGAUAAAGUCUAGGCCUGGGUCCAGGACCUUGGCCUAGAGACCCUCCUCCUGACCAGAGCAUGGGAGAGGGCUGAGCCCACACAGAUGGCUUGGCCUCAGGCCUAGGACUUUUGCCCAAGGACGAGGAGAACCAUAAAAGCAGGUCCAGCUCUCAACCUCAUGCCUGCCACAAUGCUGCUGCUCAGUCUGACCCUUAACUUGGUUCUCCUCGGCUCCUCCUGGGGCUGCGGCAUUCCUGCUAUCAAGCCGGUACUGAGCUUCAGCCAGAGGAUUGUCAACGGAGAGAAUGCAGUGUCGGGCUCCUGGCCCUGGCAGGUUUCCCUGCAGGACAGAAGCGGCUUCCACUUCUGCGGGGCUUCCCUCAUCAGCCAGUCUUGGGUGGUCACUGCUGCCCACUGCAAUGUCAGCCCUGGCCGCCACGUUGUUGUCCUGGGCGAGUACGACCGAUCAUCCAAUGCUGAGCCUUUGCAGGUCCUGUCCAUCUCAAAGGCCAUCACGCACCCUUUCUGGAACCCCACCACCCUAAACAAUGACCUGACACUACUGAAGCUUGCCUCCCCUGCAGUCUCACCAGUCUGCCUGGCUUCCCCAGAUGAGGCGCUGCCUGCGGGCUUCAAGUGCGCCACCACUGGCUGGGGACGCCUCAGCGGCGUGGGCAAUACGACCCCAGUGCGCUUACAGCAGGUGGCUCUGCCCCUGGUCACCGUGAAUCAGUGCAGGCAGUACUGGGGCUCACGCAUCACUGACUCCAUGAUCUGUGCGGGCGGCGCAGGGGCCUCCUCGUGCCAGGGAGACUCCGGAGGCCCUCUCGUCUGCCAGAAAGGGAACACAUGGGUGCUUACUGGCAUCGUCUCGUGGGGUACCAGCAACUGCAACGUGCGCCAGCCUGCCAUAUACACUCGGGUUAGUAAGUUCAGCACCUGGAUCAACCAGGUCACAGCCUACAACUAAGCCUACCACAGGCCCUCUCCCCACCUCAAUCCAAUAAAGACCCCAUGC